UCAAGUGCACACCUAAACUUUAGGUAACUUUAAUUCAUGUAAAUGAAGGAGCUGCGCCUGCUGUAUGCGCUUACAUUGCUGACUAACUGAAAAGAUAAAAGACCAUGGAGUGGGUACUUGGUACUGCAUUGGUUCUCACCGUGGCACUGGCUGUGCUGUUCGUAAAAGGACGCAUCAAGAGGAGGUUGACGAGGUCCAAUCUCCCCAACAGCUUGCCCGCAUUCCCUCUAAUCGGGAGCUUGCUGAGUCUGAGAAGCGACCUGCAGCCGCACAUUCUCUUUCAGAGGCUGCAGGAGAAAUACGGCAACAUCUACUCACUCAUGAUGGGGUCUCACUAUGUGGUGAUUGUGAAUAAUUACCAGGACGCCAAAGAGGUUUUACUGAAGAAGAGCAAAAUCUUUGCUGGGAGACAAAGAACUGUGACUACAGACAUUCUAACCAGGGAAGGGAAAGACAUCGCGUUUGGAGACUACAGCCCGGCUUGGAGGUUUCACAGGAAGAUGGUUCACUCUGCGUUCAGCAUGCUUGGCAAAGGCUCAACCUCAAUCGAGAAAAUAAUCUGUAGAGAAGCCCGCUCCAUGUGCAAGACCCUAGCCGACCUCCAGAGUACCGCCAUCGACCUGGAGCCUGAAUUGACCCGUGCCGUCACCAACGUGGUGUGUUCCUUGUGCUUCAACUCAUCCUAUCAACGUGGGGACCCAGAGUUUGAAUCCAUGCUCCAAUACAGCCAGGGGAUCGUGGACACUGUGGCUAAAGGCAGUCUGGUAGACAUCUUUCCCUGGCUUCAGAUUUUCCCCAAUGAAGAUCUCAAGAUUCUAAAAGACUGCAUUGCAGUCAGGGACGCGCUCCUGCAGAAGAAGUAUGACGAACACAAAGCUGACUACAGUGAUGGUGCAGAGAAGGACCUGCUGGACUCCCUGCUGCAAGCCAAGCUCAGCUCCGAGAACAACAACACACGAGCAAGUGAAGUAGGGCUGACAGACGACCACUUGCUCAUGACUGUGGGAGACAUCUUCGGGGCUGGAGUUGAGACAACCACCACUGUCAUGAAGUGGGCCAUUGCUUACCUCCUACACCACCCGCAGGUCCAGAAGCAGAUCCAGGAGGAGAUUGACAGUACGAUUGGGUUGGACAGACACCCCAAUCUGAGCGAUAGGGGCAGUUUGCCCUACCUGGAAGCAACGAUACGGGAGGUGCUACGGAUCAGACCGGUCUCCCCUCUCCUCAUCCCUCACACGGCCCUCAAGCACACCAGCAUUGGUGCUUUUACUAUCCCAAAAGGAACGCAAGUCAUUAUUAACCUUUGGUCCUUGCACCACGAUGAAAAGGAAUGGAAAAACCCAGACAAAUUUGACCCUGGCCGCUUUCUUGAUGAAGAGGGGAAGCAAGUUUAUACCCCCUCUGCCAGUUACUUCCCAUUUGGGGCAGGGGUCCGGGUCUGUCUGGGGCAGUCGCUAGCCAAGAUGGAGCUCUUCCUGUUUCUGGGCUGGAUGUUGCAGCAGUUCACCCUGGAGGUACCAGCCGAUCAGCCCCUGCCUAACUUACAGGGCAAAUUUGGAGUAGUCCUCCAGCCCCAGAAAUUCAAAGUGAAUGCCAGACUGAGGGAUUCCUGGGUGAAAACUGAAAUGUACCACUGAAUAAUUACAAAGAAUGCAUCGUAUUAUACAGUCAGUCAGUUCAGCUAACCUCACUGUUUUUUAUAUGUUCAGGUAGCAAUGAAGGGAAAUGUUAUAUAAAUCAUACAUUGAAUAAACACAUAAUCCUAAACAUAUUAAGUUUAAUUACCCCCCACCUCCUCCCUUUCAAAAAAUAAAACAACAACUGAAGCAUUUAAAAUUUCCUGUAUCAAAGUACAAUUCAUUAUUUCAGAGUUGUGGAAAUGUUUAUGGUUGAAUUAAAACUGCAGACAUAUAUACAGUAUGAAUCUAUCUAUCUGGAUAGUUCACUAUCCAGCUGGCUCAAAAUAAAUGCAACUGAAGAGCCCUACACUUUUAGCAUGCAAGGUUAACAUAACCCUGCAAAUUACUGAAUACAGAGGAGACAAAUGACCAAAACAUGGCAGCCACAAUUCCAGCAAUUAAGAGGUUUUCAGAGGCCAUUAAAAGGUACACAUUAGAAAAGAGGUUGUAGUAUUUUUUUUUAAUCUCUCCUUUAGAUGCAUCGGCCCCAGUGGCUUCUUUGAACUUGAACAAUACAUUCAAAAAGGGCAUAUAUUCAAGAAUGAAACGAUACAUUACAUUAAAAGCCUUCACAGGUAAAGAAAUAUUUUAUCGCCUGUUAUUCAGUGAUAUUCUGUAGAUAUUCUGCACAAGACCUUCAUACAUAAUAAGAACACAGUGCAAGAACCUCAGAAACACUUCAUUAACAAGUAUUUAUAACUUUGAAGAUCUCUCAUUAUAUAUCUCAGAACUCACUUUACACAUGUUCAGUACUUCCAAAUGCCACUAUGCACCUUCCAAAAUUGAAAAAAAAAAAACUUUUCAUGCAUUUUCCAUUACAGCAGAUUUAACACUUUCAUCAUCAUCAGUUUAAAUCGGAGAUAAGAUACUGCACAACCUAAUCAUUUCUUUUCUUAGAAUAAUUAACCUACUGUAACUGCUCUACAUUAUCUGAACACAGGAAAACAAUGUAGUCUACAAAGCUGAAGUCUUGUUUUCUUAUUAAUCAAGAACAAACUAAAAGAAAACAAAACACAUAGACUCAUGUUUUUCUAAACAGGUUAUUUCAAUUCUUCUCACAUUCUCCAACUGCAAUGCCAAGUAAUCUUUGCAUUUCUCUGUUCUGGGUAAAGCUGCACUGUGUCACCAAAAUUUCCGCGUGCAUACAAUUUAUUAGACCCACUCUCCACUUUGACAUUAUUUUACAACUGAAUGUCUCUUCCAGGGAUGGGCAAAGCUGGUCCUUCC